AUGGUCGCCCUCAGCCUGCUCCUUCUCCCCACCGCGGCAGCGUUCCCCGCAUUCGCGGGACUCGGCGCUGCCGACAUUGCCGCGCUCGACGAGCGCGCUAGCAUCUUCGACCCGCUCAAGUACCAGGGCAUCAACCUGUGGGACUCGCUCGGCGGCGUCUUCCGCGCGAUGAACUACCAGGACAUCACCGGCCUUACGAACGCGGUCACCGAGGGCAUCCGCGCGAUCGAGGCGGACGCCCAUGCGAACCCCAAGUUUGGCGGCUUCCCCGUUGCGCAGCUUGUCGACGUGCCGCGCGACCAGCUCACCAAGGACGCCAUCUACGAGGCGUACAAGCUCGACCGCUCGAUCCCGCCCAUCUGGGGGGAGCAGGAGGACGAGGAGCACCCGUGGAUUGCGCCGGGCCCCGGCGACAUCCGCGGCCCGUGCCCCGGCCUCAACACGCUCGCAAACCACGGCUACCUGCCCCGCAACGGCAUCUGUACCCCGCAGGAGCUCAUGAUGGGCGUGUGGAAGGGCCUGUCCAUGUCGCCCGAGCUCUCCGGCAUCCUCGCCAUCGCCGGCGUCGUGUGGAAGGCGGACAUCAAGACGCUCAAGAUCUCCAUCGGCGCGGGCACCCAGGGCACCGGUGUCGGCCUCUCGAACCACGGCUUCAUCGAGGGCGACGCGAGCGUCACGCGCGACGACUCGAUCAUCGGCGACCAGGUGCACGUCAACGAGACCAAGCUGCACCGCUACUAUGACAUCAUCCACCGCCUCGGCACCAACGGCUACGACAUUAACCCCGAGGUGUGCGCCGAGUCGCGCUACGUCGCGUGGAAGGACUCGGUCGACUCGAACCACGCCAUGGACUUCAACCCCCUCCGCCACCUCGUCGCCUAUGCCGAGAGCGCGUUCGCGAUGGAGGUCUUCCGCGGCCAGAACCAGUCGUGCACGUCCGAGACCAUCGACUGGUUCUUCGUCAGGGAGCGCUUCCCGCCCGGCUGGUCGCGCCGCAACGUCCCCGUGUCGACCAACGAAAUGUUCACGUGGGCGCUGCUCUUCAACUCGAUCCGCACCGUCUACCCCGGCUACACGCUCGGCAGGACCGGCGCCUUCUACAACUUCCCGCUCGCCCAGUUCGGCGGCGGCGUCACCAACUUCCUCUCGCCCUCCUCGCUCCGCGUCAACGCUUGCAAGUUCGUCGCCACGUUCGCCAUCUUCGUGCCCACGGGGCUCAUGCAGUUCUCCAAGGGCCUCGGCGACCACUUCGUCAAGGGCUUUGCGUGCUCCUAG